AUGCACACCUCGGUCUUUGCGGGUGUCGUGGCGCUCGCGCUGCAAGCUGCGACGGCGUUGCCCACGUGCGCGCCCAUCGAAGCCGACGUCGACUAUUGGGGCAACGACAUCGGUCGCACGGCGCGCCCGUCGGCCGACGACUGCUGCGCCGACUGCAAGAACACGCCCGGCUGUCGUCUCUUUGUCUGGAACCGCCACGACGGCGGCUCGUGCUGGCUCAAAAGCAAGAAAGGUGCCAAGUCGAACUACCCCGGCGCCAAGGCCUCGGUCAUCAACGACAUUACCGUGCCGGACCAGUGCUCGUCGGUCGAAGAGCACCGUCCGGGGUCGUUCUACGAAGACCCGAACAUGCCCGAAGGUUGCUUGCAGCAAAAGUCGACCAAGGCGUACUCGAAUGGCUACGAUCGCGGUCACUUGGUCACGUCCAACCACAUGGAUACGGACGCCACCAUCGCCCGCGAGUCACACUACAUGAACAACGUUGUGCCGCAAGUGUCGACCUUCAACCAGGGCAUUUGGGUCCAGACUGAGAAGCUUCAAGAAUGCUACCGUGACAUCAAUCCCGUCACGACGUACGGGGGCGUCGUCUACGAUGCCAACUCGGGUACGCAGUUUGUCGAUGGCUGGGGCAUCAAGACGCCGAGCUACUUCUGGAAGGUUGUGCUCACGACGGACCCGAAGACGGGCAGUGACAAGAUCAUCGCGUGGUUCUUCCCCAACGAGGAAAACCUCGGCAAGCUGGAUAAGUACUUGGUGUCGGUCGCCUCCAUUGAAGCACGGCUCAACGACGGUCUUGGCCCGAUUCCAGUGCCAGAGGGGCUCAAGAACACGGUCGAGUCUGCGACGUGGGCUCUUCCCGACAACUGCGAUCACGGCCGCCGCUUGUUGUAA